ACUUGUAUUUUCCUUGUUAAGAGAAGAAAAAAAGUGGUAUUUCAUUUAACGCUAAACUCUAACGAGUGUAAUUAAAUUAUUUUUAUGAUUUAAUAAUUACGCUAAGUAAUUAAAAUUUGCUGAAAAAUAAGGAAAAAUACUUAUUAAAUAAUUACAAAAUAAAAAAAUUAAAAAAAAACUGCGCAGUUUGUGUGUGUGGCAGAUAGAAGGAGGAGAAAAAAGAAGUACGACAUAAAAGAAACAAAAAAAAAAACGAAAAAAGUUGAAAAUUUAACUGCAUAAAGGCGAAAAAUUAUUACGUUUUAAUAGAUAUUUUUCCGUUGGUGUUUUUUUUGUAUUUUUGGUUAAUUGAUUGUGGUGGUGGAGAGAGAUUAAAUUGAAAAUAAUAUGGCUACACGUAAGAAGUCGCUGUUGAAAAUCAUAAUUUUGGGCGACAGCAGUGUUGGAAAAACAUCAUUGAUGAAUCAAUAUGUAAGCAAACGUUUCUCAAAUCAAUAUAAGGCCACCAUUGGUGCUGAUUUCUGUACAAAAGAAGUGGUGGUGGAUGAUCGCGUUGUCACAUUGCAAAUCUGGGAUACUGCGGGUCAAGAGCGAUUCCAAUCGUUGGGCGUUGCUUUCUAUCGCGGGGCCGAUUGUUGUGUCUUGGUGUAUGACGUCACAUCGCCCAACUCAUUCAAGAAUCUAGACUCAUGGCGCGAUGAGUUCCUAAUACAGGCCAGUCCCCGAGAUCCCGAACAUUUCCCCUUUGUAGUGCUGGGCAACAAGGUGGACAUGGACAACAGGCAGGUAUCGACACGACGCGCCCAACAAUGGUGUCAAUCGAAAAACGAUAUACCCUACUUUGAGACAUCGGCCAAGGAGGGCAUUAAUGUGGAAUUGGCCUUUCAGACUAUCGCCAAAAAUGCAUUGGCCCAAGAAGCUGAAGUUGAGCUCUACAAUGAAUUUCCCGAUCAAAUUCGUUUGAACGCUGAUCGAAACAAUCGUCCCGGAAAUGCUGAUAACUGUCAAUGCUAAUUUAAGCUCUACUCUCUACAUUUACAUACGACAAGUGUAUUUAUGAUGCUGGUUGCUGGCUGGUGACUAUCGGCCUCUUUUUUAUUAUUAUUAUAAUUUUGCCCAUUCUUUGCUGUCCGGUAAAUGCAAUUUUAAUUUCUUUUUAUGUUAUCUUUCCCUAAAACGUCAACCCGUCUCCCAACUUUUCCUGAGAGCUAAACAAAAAAGGCAAAUAAAGUGUCAAUAAAUAAAAAAAAAAUCUUUGAAAAUUUUAUGUUAUUUAUCAUCAUUUUAAAACAAUCUACAGCUAAACAAAUUUCCUCCCUCUGUUUAAAAUGUUCCGUUUCCUUUAUAAAACAAUUUACGAAAAACUUGUUAGUAAAACAAAUAAGAAAUUAUAUUCAUUUUUAAUAAUUUAAGAAAUUAUUUUAAAAAAUCCAUAAAACAUGUUUGUAUGUUUAUUAAAUUAAAUUUCGAUUAUAGUAUAUUAAAUACAUAUAAAGAAAUAAUCAUUAUAAAAUUAAUUAAAUAAAAUUCUUUAAUAAUAAAACAAAAGAAGAAAAAAAAACGAAACAAAAUUUAUAAACAAAAACCUAUACAACAACAAAAUACAAUGAUAUGCUAAAAUACGAGAGAGCAAAAAAUAGUAAAUAACGAGAAAUACAUACUUAUUUAAUAAUAAAAAAAUGUAAACGAAUAGCUAUUCAAUAGAAAAUCUUCACUGUUUCCAAUAGGAACUGAAAAAGCCGUUUUUAUAAAGAAAAUAUUUCCUUUAACCCUUAUCCUGUACUCAUGGAUCAAAACGCCCAAAAAGAUUUUAAUUUAUUAGGACGUUGCUUUUUUUUGUGCAAAUCGAUCAAAUAUCUCGAAAUACCUAUUUAAACUAAUAUUCAGGAUGUAAUACAUUUAUUUGUAAGAGUCAAUCCGAAACCCGUAGUGUAAAAAGCAUAAUAGAAAUAAUGUCAUAUUCGUUUUAAACCUGAAGUAUAGGAUAAUAGUUAAAUAUUUUUUUAGGUAAGGCUUUUUUGAUAUCCAAAACAAUUUUAACAAUAGUUAUUCUUUACUAUUGUCUUAUAUUGAAAUUACUACAAAUCCGUUGUUUAAAUAAUUUCAAAUAGGUACUACACCAUGAAUAUAUAUAAGUUUGACAUUCCGUUUGUAAUUUCUACAUUUUCCAUUUGCGAUCCCAUACGGUAUAUAGCCAUGUCCGUCUGUCUGUUGAAAUCAACUUUACGAAGCCGCCAAAUAACAUACAUAUGUAGAUGAUUGAUACAGCAAUAUAUCCGCAGUAGUCUUGGUUCGAUUGCUAUUUAAAUUCGGAAAAAUCGUCCCACAAUGCCAGGAAUAUAAACAAAAAACCUCGAUUUUUUAUAUUUUUAUGAUCUAUAUUACUAAGUUAAUAACAUAGAAAUAUGGAUAUCUAAUGAUAGACAUUUCAAAGACCUUUUCAACCCGAAUUUUUUUUCAUCCAAAAAUUUUUUCAACCAAAAAAAUAGUUUUCAGUCUAUGUUAAAGUAUACUUAGUAUAAAAGAAUAAAGAUUCGGCACAGCCGAAUAUAGCUGUAUUGUUCUAUCUUAAAUAGAAAUAAAUAUUUGAUGAAAAUUUUGUAAAAUUUUCUUUUUAACGGUCCUCGUUUGAUUUAAAAGUUAAAUACAAACGUACAUGGUUUUACGAUAAUUCAUAAAAAUUAUUAUUUUUAAUUACAACAUUCAGACCCUCCAAAAUGUAGAAAAUAAAUUUCUGAUUUUAAAAUCUCGAAACGUUUUAUAUUUAAAAUUAGUCAAAGAUUAUUUUAUAUAAAAUUUACUAAACAAAUGGUAUUUUAUUUAAUUGAUAAUAAGUAUAUUCUGCUUUUUACAUUCUAACGUAAUUUUUAAACAAAUUUUGCAUAAGUUUCUGUUGGAAAUGGUGUAGAUGCAAGAAAAAAAUAUAAAAACAAAGCAAACAAAAUAAAGCCGUUAGCCUUAGUAAAAGCUUUUCGUGCUCCUUUUUGUUGUUGUUUUAGUAUUUUUUUAUUUUAAAUUCAUUUUAUUAUAAGUAUAAAUAAAUAAUAACAAAUAAUUGUAAUUAAUAUUCAAAACUUAUUAAUAAAGUACAUAAAAACCAACAAAUAAACUGAAAAAUGCAUAGAAAUGUGCAACUGCUGCCCUAAUUGAUUAAUCGUA